CGGCCAUCCAGCUAGUGUCGCUUUAUACGUGAACGCCGUUCCUUUUACUACUGUCUCCAACGGACUGUACAGAUAUGUCCGAAGAUAACACCGAAGAUGUCAAACCAAAGUUGAGCCUGGUCAUCAACUACGAGGGUACCCAAAUCACUGUGAAGGUGAAGCACAACAUGCCAUUCCAGAAGAUAUUUGAUGCAGCAGAGAAACGAUUUGGAAAAGAAGCGGGGACGUUCAAGUUUACCUACGAUGGCAAAAGGUUACGGUCCCAAGACACGCCUGUAGAUGUGAGUGCUCUACUGGGCCCCGAGAACGGUUGACGCUCGUACGCUGACGCAUCAUCAGAUGGAGAUGGAAGAGGGGGAUAUCAUUGAUGCUCACUUAGAGCAGCUAGGAGGUGGCAGAAUCAUAUUUUAGCUGUGUAUAUCCCGAGGCUUCUGUAGGCCAUGCAACCGGAUAUUAUUCCUUUACUGUACCACUCUCACUAUCUACCGUUCCCCAUUAUAUCCCCUCCUCUUCGCCAAACGAAGUAUAUGGCUACUACUCCCGACUUGAAGUCAGUGAAGGAGAUUCUUCUCUCCCACGUGCAGGCGGAAUCAUCCUUUACACCCCACUGCUUC